AUGUGCUCACCCGUCAGCAUGGGCUCACCCGUCAGCAUGUGCUCACCCGUCAGCAUGUGCUCACCCGUCAGCAUGUGCUCACCCGUCAGCAUGUGCUCACCCGUCAGCAUGGGCUCACCCGUCAGCAUGGGCUCACCCGUCAGCAUGUGCUCACCCGUCAGCAUGGGCUCACCCGUCAGCAUGUGCUCACCCGUCAGCAUGUGCUCACCCGUCAGCAUGUGCUCACCCGUCACCCGUCAGCAUGGGCUCACCCGUCACAGCAGGUGCUCACCCGUCACAGCAGGUGCUCACCCGUCAGCAUGUGCUCACCCGACAGCAUGUGCUCACCCGUCACCCGUCAGCAUGUGCUCACCCGUCACAGCAGGUGCUCACCCGUCACAGCAGGUGCUCACCCGUCAGCAGGUGCUCACCCGUCAGCAUGGGCUCACCCGUCAGCAUGUGCUCACCCGUCAGCAUGUGCUCACCCGUCAGCAGGUGCUCACCCGUCAGCAGGUGCUCACCCGUCAGCAGGUGCUCACCCGUCAGCAGGUGCUCACCCGUCAGCAGGUGCUCACCCGUCAGCAGGUGCUCACCCGUCAGCAGGUGCUCACCUGGUUGCAGGAGGUCCCCACGGCGUGUUGA